AGUUACCCCACACAACCCCAGUAUACCUGCCAUCAUGCCGCCUCUCGCUCACCCCCCUGGAAUGAACUUCCUCGAUGACCAGGAGCAACGCCCGGUCAAUGCCGAUGCUGCCACUUACUAUGGAGGCCAGGAGUAUCACAGUCGUGCGAGAACAUAUAGCGCCUCACAGUCGCACGCACCGAAGCGCGCCCCAGCCUUUGAAGAGGAUUGGCAUCUCCGCCCCCGAAGAAUGUCCCACGACGAGAAGAGUUCUGCGCCUAGACGUUUCCUAAUUGACGUGGAAGAAACCAUCAGGCUUGUACUUGAGCAAGAAGACACAGACGGCGACUUCCAAAUCUCCAUUACCGACGCUGGUCCUAAGCUCCUUUCGCUGGGUACCGCCACUAGUAACGGCUACAAGAGCUUUGACAUCCGAGGUACCUACAUGUUGUCAAAUCUCCUCCAAGAGCUCGCCCUUGCCCGUGAUCACAACCGGAAACGAAUUGUCCUCGACGAAGCUCGCCUUACCGAGAAUCCCGUCGACCGUCUUUCCCGUAUGAUCAAGAACUCGUUCUGGCACUCGCUCACGCGUCGCAUCGACGGAGACGGCCUCGAAAUUAUUUGCGCAGAUCCGAAGAACCGUACAGGGCGCGUCCAACCACGAAUCUACGUCCCACAUCGCGAACCGGCGAUGAUCGAGUACUACAGAAGGAUCGCCAAAGAGAAGCCGCAUCUGAAUUUGGAUGUUCAAGUUCUGCCUCCGAAUCCUGGCGACCCUCACUUCGUGAAGAGUCUGAAUUCGAAACCGGGAAUCCUGGCACUGGCAAUGAACGAGGUGGAUGACGGGAGGGGUGGCAAGACCUUAAAGGGGAUUCCUUUUAUCGUUCCAGGAGCGCGAUUUAACGAGCUCUAUAAUUGGGACUCUUACUUCAUCUCGCUCGGUCUACUUGUCGACGGCCAAGUCAAUAUGGCGAAAGGGCUUGUCGAACAUUUCAUCUUCGAGAUCAAGCAUUACGACAAGAUCCUCAACGGCUCUCGCUCCUACUACCUCGCCCGUACCCAGCCUCCCUUCCUGACCGACAUGGCCCUUCAGAUCUACAACCAGCUUGACCGCUCUGAUCUCGACGCUAAUCGCCAAUGGCUUAAGCGUGCCAUCCAAGCUGCCAUCAAGGAGUACCACACCAUCUGGGUCGCCCAGCCGCGCAUGGACCCGAAGACCGGUCUCUCACGUUUCAGACCAGAAGGUGUCGGUAUUCCCCCCGAGACAGAAGCCACUCAUUUCACGCACAUCCUCGAGCCGUACGCGCAGAAGCACGGUUUGUCGGUGCUUGAGUUCAGCGAGAAGUACAAUAAUGAGUCGAUCAGGGAGCCUGAACUGGAUGAGUAUUUCCUCCACGACAGGGCAGUUCGGGAGUCUGGGCACGACACGAGUUACCGUCUCGAGAAACGGUGUGCUAACUUGGGCACGAUCGACCUUCAGGCUCUGCUUUAUAAGUACGAGAUCGAUAUUGCUACGGCGAUUAGGGAGGUAUUUGACGAUGAGCUCGAUCUGGAGGAGAACUUCCCAUUGGCACCCUUUCCGCCUUCUGUGGAGUCGUACGCGAACCCAAAGAGGGAGAUGUCGAAGAGUAGGAAGCAGACGAGUGAGGAAUGGUUCCAGAGGGCGGAGUUCAGGCGGGAGAUCAUUGACAAGUAUUGCUGGAAUGAGAGCAAGAGCUUGUACUUUGAUUACGAUACCGUGCAGGAGAAGCAGAGUUUGUAUGAGAGCGCAACUGCCUUCUGGCCGCUUUGGGCGGGAUGCGCUAGCGAAGAACAGUGCUGGAAGCUUGUAUCACAAUCGUUGAAGAAGUUCGAGGUCAUUGGUGGGAUCGUCUCUGGGACCGAGGAAUCCAGGGGAAAGAUCUCCCUCGACCGACCUAACCGACAGUGGGAUUACCCCUAUGCUUGGCCUCCACACCAGAUCAUGGCAUGGGUCGGGCUUGAGCGAUACGGUUAUUUGGAGGACGCGCAGAGGUUGGCGUACAGGUUCCUCUACAUGAUGACCACUGCUUUCGUCGACUUCAACGGUGUGGUCCCUGAGAAGUUCGACGCCGUGAAGCUGUCUCAUCUUGUGGACGCUGAGUACGGAAACCAAGGAGUCGACUUCAAGAUGGUCCCUCGUGAAGGGUUUGGUUGGAUGAACGCCGCAUACCAAGUGGGACUCUCGUUCCUUACCUCUCACAUGCGCCGCGCUGUCGCCGCCUGCACCUCGCCAGAGGUCUUCUUUGGCAGGACGAUGAUGGGCGAGCACACUGCUGCACCACCGAGCAGUGUCGUCAACGAUCCUCUUGGGCUGGCCAUGGAGAACUUGACGGUGUCCAGCACGGGGCCUGUGGCGACUGGAACAUCCCCGAUGCCUGGCUCUCCAAAGAUCUACCCGACCUUUGGAACGUCGCCUUCGUACUGAGCUACGGGACAAUGUGUCUCGUAUCUAGGCCCUUGGUGUGGCGGCCAGUCGUGUAUAGAUGGGAAUGAGAGUGGUAUAGUGGGUGUGGUAUAGCGUCGCAUUAUUGGGCUGUUCCGGUAGAUUCGGUUUAUUGGCUAUCGUCACGUCUCCCACACUCAAUGUGGCGAGAUCCUAAUUCUGUGCUGCAUUCGACCAAUGGUAGCGGUACUCAGCUCCGCGGCUGUGUUUUAUUCUGUACAACCAAUCCCGCCUCUCACCUCCCCCCUCUCACACCCUCUUCACCUCCACUUGUCAAGUCUUCAUAUCAUCCCUAGCCCCUACUAGAUCUUGCAAUUUUCCAGUUAAUUUCACGUUGUCGUCUUU